AUGGGAAAGAAAAAGAAAAGGCAGGACAAUGACGAUUCCGAUUUGUCAGACACCGACUCAGGCUCUGAAGUAUCAGAGAAGACUAGACAAACUGUUUUGCCCGUAGCCACACAAAAAAGGCAGCAGGCAUUGCCUGGAGCUACAGUUAAGCCACGAAAGCAUCCACCAUGGUACAGUGCUCGAAUUCUGGAAGAGGAACGACCAGAUCUUGCUGGAGCUGACGGACGAAUCAACCUAGAGAGAGAAGAAGCUGCGCUCAUGGAUAUGUUUAUCAGAGGAAAGAGUGAUCUACAAACAGGCGACCUUAUAAUCACUGAUGACAAUCUCGAUGAAGAAGAUCGUAAGUUCAAUCGCUACGAAGUCCAGCUGAAGUACAACGAAGGGAGGUAUACUGCCCUCUACCUGAUAUCGCGGCAAGUUUGCGCCAACAACGAGACAGUGGAAAAGAAUACUCUGUUCGCUAUGAAAACCAGUAUUCGACCAUAUAGCGUAAAUAUUACCUUACGGAUGAAGCGUGAACUUCGAAUUCUGAAUGAGCUGAAGAAGAACAAAUGCCCAUACAGCCCUAUUGUUCUCGACAGUGGACGAGUUGCAGACUUACCUUUUAUAGUGAUGAACCUGUUGGAUCGUAAUCUCGAGAAACUUCGUGAACAGACAGCUUCUUUGAAGCCAGCUACAGUAUAUUAUGUCGCUCAUGAAGCUUUAGCGGCGAUAGCGUUUCUCCACAGUAUGAAGUAUAUCCAUCGUGAUGUUAAACUAACAAAUAUUUGCAUUGGUGCCGGCCAGUUGAUGACCAGAAUUUAUCUGAUUGACUACGGUGACACCGUGAAGCAGGGCAAAAAGAUCAGAUAUGGCACACCUGACGGCUACACAUUGCCAUAUUGGAGUCUAGACGCCCACAAACGUGGAGUUGCUCGUGAGAAAGGAGACCUCGAGUCAUGGUUCUACGUUUUGAUUGAUCUACUUGCUCCGGGAGCAUUACCUUGGUCGAAAAUGCACAAUGAGAAGACAAUGGAAGCAGAAAAAACAUGUUUUUGGGAGGGUAAACGUCAAAUGCCUGAUUCACCGUAUGUAUUCGCGCUUUUUGAUAUAAUAAGAAGGCUGACUACUAACUUUAAUUAUCAAUUAGCAAGGCAAAUGCUUCGAGAAGCUAUUGAUCAUCAUCAAAAAGGGCCGUUGGUGUUGGAAUGGGCACCGAAUUUGCGUGUUCCUUUGCCCCCUCUGACAGGACGGCGAGUUGUAGGCUCCAACCUUAAUACUGACAAGACAUCGCGGACAUCACGAAGCGUGGAUCAGACGAUGAGGUCGCUAGCCGAUGAUGAGCAGCCUCGGGAUGGCUAUAGUCGUUACAAACAAGCACAAAUGAUGCAUCAACAACAAAAGUACGGUAGAACCCAAGCGACGGUAGAAACACGUACCCGGACAAAUGAAACUUCUGUGGAAGCAGCGAGUGCGGCAAUACCAUCACCUGCACAGAAGACUUCAGAAGCUGUUGAAAUGGAUGAAAAGCGUAAGGCCAAGGUGGCAUUGAUAGCCGGCCGGGUCCCGAGUGCGACAGCACAACAACGACUGAAGCCAUCCCCACGUCAACCAGUGCGACCGAUGCAACCACAACAGCCACUCCCCAGACAGCCUCAACAACAACAAGCACGAAGGAGGGCUUCACAGAAGACACGUCCCCAACAGCAGCAACAACAAAGGCAACAACAACAGCGGCUCCAGCAACAACGACUACAGCAACAGCGACUACAGCAACAGCGAAUACAGCAACAGCGAGCCCAACAACAACGACGACAAAAGCAGGCUCGACAAAGACAAAGGGAGCAAUCUGACGAUGAUGAUUAA